CCGACUCGGCUGACGCACCUCAGCCAAGAGGACGAACUGGGACUGAGAGCGGAGCAGAGUCCUGCCCGGGCUGCGCCGAAAGCACCGGAGGCUAAGCAACGCGAGCUGGCCGCCAUUGGUCCCGCCCCCUGUGACGUCCCAUGGCAGAGGCCUCAGGGAUUCUCCCGACUGCGUGGAGAGACAGAAUGGAACAAGAGGGCAGACAGCUGUGACCCCAGAUGGCAUUGUCAUGUCUGAAGCCAUGCUUCUUUUCGCUUUUUACAAUGUCUCAAUCGUUUAUUGCCUAAUCUCCCUUCUACAUAAAGUAAGCCCAAAUAACACUCUGUAAUCCCCUCUCCUCGGACAUGUUGCUUCCACCUGGACAUUUGUACCCUGUUGAUUGACAUCAAGGGAGAGAAGUAGCAAGAAGGUGGUGUCUGAAGCAGCCAGUUUCAUGUCUGGAAAUGUGGUCCCAAGUACUUGCUCCACUACUUGUCUUUGUGGCUUUUUGGACUCAGCACUCAAGCUGACACUUUAGACUCUUCAUCUGCAGAAAAUUGUGACAGGUCUGGGGAUCCAGCUCAAGUCCGCUGGCUUGACAACAAGCAGCUCCACCUGGAGUCAUCCCUCUGGUCCUACGUGGGCAUUUCCAAAGACAGAGACAAGGUACAUGAUCUCAGAUCACCCGGUAGACAUGAUGAACAUCAAGGCCUUCACCUUGGUCUCUGCAGUGGAACGGGAACUGCUGAUGGGCGACAGAGACCACAUCAGCAUUGAGUGUGUGGAGUGCUGUGGCAGGAAUCUUUAUGUCGGCACCAAUGACUGCUUCAUUUACCAUUUCCUGCUGGAGGAGAAGGCCAUGCCUACAGGGACAGCUACAUUCGUUGCCACCAAACAGCUACACAGACACCUGGGCUUCAAGAAACCUGUGAACGAGCUGUGUGCGGCCUCAGCUCUCAAUAGGCUGCUGGUGCUCUGUGACAACUCUAUAACCCUGGUUAACAUGCUGAACCUGGAGCCAGUCCCCUCAGGAGCCCGCAUCAAAGGGGCUACAACAUUUGCAGUGAACGAGAGCCCCGUGAAUGGGGACCCGUUCUGCGUGGAGGUGUGCAUCAUUUCCGUGAAGCGCAGGACUGUCCAAAUGUUUCUGGUGUAUGAGGACCGAGUGCAGAUUGUCAAGGAAGUGUCCACCCCAGAGCAGCCUCUUGCUGUGGCUGUGGAUGGCUAUUUCUUGUGCCUGGCCUUGACCACACAAUACAUCAUCCUGAACUACAGCACAGGCCUUUCCCAGGACCUGUUUCCCUACUGCAGUGAGGAGAAGCCACCCAUCGUCAAGAGGAUAGGCAGACAGGAGUUCCUGCUGGCUGGCCCAGGAGGCUUGGGCAUGUUUGCCACCGUGGCCGGGAUUUCCCAGCGUGCCCCUGUGCACUGGUCAGAAAAUGUGAUUGGGGCAGCUGUUUGCUUCCCCUAUGUCAUAGCGCUCGAUGACGAAUUCAUCACAGUUCACAGCAUGUUGGAUCAGCAGCAGAAACAGACCCUGCCCUUUAAGGAGGGGCACAUCCUGCAGGACUUUGAAGGAAGAGUGAUUGUUGCCACAAGUAAAGGAGUUUACAUCUUGGUUCCAUUACCUCUGGAAAAACAAAUACAGGAUCUGUUAGCAAACCGGAGAGUGGAGGAGGCUUUGGUCUUGGCAAAAGGAGCCCGGAGGAACAUUCCAAAGGAGAAAUUUCAGGUAAUGUACAGGAGGAUUCUGCAGCAGGCAGGCUUUAUACAGUUUGCACAACUCCAGUUCCUGGAAGCCAAAGAGCUCUUCAGAAGCAGCCAGCUGGAUGUCCGGGAGCUGAUCUCUCUCUACCCCUUUCUGCUGCCCACCUCCUCCUCCUUCACCCGCUCUCACCCUCCUCUUCAUGAGUACGCAGACCUGAACCAGCUGACCCAAGGUGACCAGGAGAAGAUGGCCAAGUGCAAGCGCUUCCUCAUGAGCUACCUGAAUGAAAUCCGCAGCACAGAGGUAGCUAAUGGCUACAAGGAAGACAUCGACACGGCCUUGCUCAAGCUGUAUGCAGAGGCUGACCACGACAGCCUCCUGGACCUCUUGGUCACUGAGAAUUUCUGCUUGCUGACAGACAGUGCUGCCUGGCUGGAGAAGCACAAAAAGUACUUUGCACUGGGGCUGCUCUAUCAUUACAACAAACAAGAUGCCUCUGCGGUUCAGUUGUGGGUGAACAUUGUGAAUGGGGACAUCCAGGACUCUACACGCUCGGACCUGUAUGAAUACAUCGUUGAUUUCCUUACCUACUGCCUAGACCAAGAGCUGGUGUGGACCCAUGCUGACUGGCUGCUGCAGAAAAGUGAGGAGAUUGGAGUUCAAAUUUUCACCAAGAGACCUUUGGACGAGCAGCAGCAGACUAGUUUUAAUCCAGACAACAUUAUUAGUUCCCUUAAGAAAUACCCUAAAGCCCUGGUUAAGUAUCUGGAACAUCUCGUGAUCGACAGGAGAUUGCAGAAAGAAGAGUACCACACCCACCUUGCCAUCCUCUACCUGGAGGAAGUGCUGCGGCAGAGGGUAUCCACUGGGGGCAAAGAUGUAGAAGCCACUGAGACACAGGCCAAACUCCGGAGACUACUCCAGAAGUCUGACUUGUACCGCGUCCACUUGUUGAAAGAGAAAGUCCAGGGUGCCGGCCUGCCCAUGGAAAGUGCCAUCCUCCACGGGAAGCUGGGCGAGCACGAGAAGGCCCUGCACAUCCUGGUGCACGAGAUGGGGGACUUCUCUGCAGCUGAGGACUACUGCCUGUGGAGCUCCGAGGGUCAGGGUGCAGCCUGCCGUCAGCGCCUCUUCCACACGUUGCUCGCCAUGUACCUCCGUGCAGGCCCCUCUGCCCAGGAUCUGACAGUGGCCGCUGUGGACUUGCUGAACCAUCAUGCCAGGGAAUUUGAUGUCACCCAGGUCCUACAGCUGCUGCCAGACACCUGGUCCGUGCAGCUUCUCUGCCCAUUCCUCAUGGGGGCUAUGAGGGACAGUAUCCAUGCCAGGAGGACCACACAGGUGGCCCUUGGCCUGGCCAAAUCAGAAAACCUGAUUUACAUGUAUGAUAAGAUGAAGCUGAAGGGCAAUGCAGUCCGGCUCUCAGAACGAGAGCUUUGCCAGCUCUGCCAGAACCCUUUCGGUGAACCUGUGUUUGUCAGAUACCCAAAUGGAGGGCUUGUGCACACCCACUGUGCCGCCAGCAGACACACGGCCCCCAGCUCGCCCAGCCCUGGCACUCGGACUUGAAACGUGUGGUUUCAGGCUGCAAAGGGGAGUCUGAGUUCUUUUCCAAACCUGUUUUUUGUGUGAGCCAGAACAAAGGGGAGGCAUCUGGGUGCCAGGAAGAUGCUAUCCCUGGGAAACAAGGGCACUGACUGCUGAUUGUUCUUUGUGUGGAUGUAAAUGGAAAAGGCCUGAACACCCUCCCUCCCCACCCAGGACAGUGACAGGCCAGAGUCUCCCUGUCCAGGAGGCUACAGUCAUCCAAAGCACAAGCCAACUUAGAAGAGCAGGCAGUUUAGCCUGGGGGAUCCAGACACAGUGGGGCCUGGAAAUGGGGUCUGCCUGUGUCUAGGGUGCAGAGCUGAGCUGGGCACCUUGCCUUUGAGGUGGUGUGCUCUUCACAUAGUCUUCACAUCUGCCCCUAAAGUGGACAUAGCUUCUGUUCUUCCCAUCCAGCUGUCAACCUCUGAAACCCUCUGCCUCAUUUCCUUAAGCACUCACUUGGUAUAAAGUCCUAUGCUUCUGGCUGCCUAGCACAUGGAAAUCUGUUUAGAAAGGGAGAAAGCUUGAAGUAGAUGGGACGGUGAAAUGAUUCAGUGGGCAAAGGCACUUGCCACCAAGCCUGACAACCUGAAUUCAAUCCCCAGAACAUGCACGCACGCGCACACAUGCACACACACACACACGUGCACACACACGUGUGCGCGCACAGUGGGGAAAAGAGGAGAGGUCUAAGUGGGGAGCUGCUUUGCCUGUCCUGAAGACUGCAACAGAAAAGAGACCCAGGUUUAUGAGGGCCCAGAAGCAGGUUUCUUUUCAUCUACUUCCUGACUGGAAACGCCUCGACGGACAUACACAACUCAGUGUUUUUAUUUGAAUUCAUAUCAUCUUCGUAAUUUUCUCAUUUGGAAUUUCUUCAGUUGUACUCAUUACAGAUAUCUCUUUCCUCAUUAAAAUGUACCUCCUACUGAAUACUUGGGAAAUUCAAAGGGAAAUGUGAUCAGUAAACCAGUGAGCCUUCCAGGAGAGGCUCACACUGGCCUCUGCCCUGUAGCCCUGUAGCCUGUAGCUGGCAGCUGGGAGAGCGGCUUUUCCCUGUUCUGCCCACAGGUGUUUCUGUAGGAUCUUAGGAGGCCAGGCCACCUUAUCUGCCAGCACUUUCCAUGCCUGCCCAGAGCUUUCCUGAACCCUCAGAGGAAAGGUCUCAUCUGUGACCAACUGGACUUGGUAUCUGUCAUUGUCACAGACAAACUGCAGCUCUUGCCAUUUCCCUGCUCUCUUUGAAGUCUCAGAGCCACCCCCAGGGUGGUGACUCUAUGAGAACCUCAGGGCAGACAGCACAGCCUCUACCAGGAUGCUUGGAAAAGAAGCAUCAUCUCCCGGGCUGCCGGGGCGGCCCCAGAACACACCCCACCCAGCCCAUCUGCCAGACCCUGCCCACCCCCAUUCCCUGUCCAUUCUUGACAAAAGGAUCUCUGCACUUACAAUGAUUGGUGUAUUUCUUGUCCCUUUGGGAUUCCCAGUAAGCCAGGGAGUAGAAGCGUCUUGAGUGUUCAGAGGACUGCGCCCCUUUCCCUACACGUGUUGAGUGUCUGAGAAUAAAUGAUGAAGUCUCCUUGCAGCUCCGCUGUGUCCCAAGGAUGACUGAGAACACUUCUCACUGCAUCUCAUUACAGCCCAUGAAUUGGCGGUUUCAUCUGAAAGCGCUGUUUUUCAUGCGCAGAACGGGUGCAGUCUCAGAAAGGACUUGUGACUGCUCACUCCUAAUGUGGGGGACUCUAGUCUCUGAGUAUUGAUCUAUAAAGAGCAGCCCAGCCGCCCCACCACCACCACCACCAAAUCCUUUAAAGCAAACACUUAUAUAAGGCGGAGAAUCACCUCACAUGUUACAAACUAUUACUUCCUUACCUUCUUCACACUCUCCCAGGGGCAAUUUCACAAAUCCCAUUUUUAAGAUGAAUAUAUAACAUAGUUUGUCACAGCCCUGCUCUUUUGUGACUGUCCCCUGGGUAGCACAACAGCUCUGUAAAACCAUCCUAGCUGGAGCAACACUGGCUGAGCUUGGGUCACAUUCGUAUCUGGAAGGGAGCAGGAAUGUUCAGUUUUGGGAAUUGUCUAUCUGCUGUUGCUUACCUGUGUUAAUGUAGGCCUGUCACCUUGGCUGUGGGCACUGGGUUUGAACACAGAGCUGAGAGAGAGAGGCUCCUGUGAGCCAUGCUUGACACUCCUGGAGCACAGAGAAAUGGGUCACACUGUCACACGGCACCUGUUGCACAACUGGGGCAGUCCUUGCUUCCUGCUUGCUAUCCCACAGGAAUCUGUCCUCCUAGCUUCCUUUGCCUCUUAACGAGUCCCAAAUCCACAAGAUGUACAAAUGUAAACUUGUUGAUUUUAUUAAAAUUCUUCUAAUUCUUU